GGUGACAUCACUGCACCAUGUGACCGCCUAGCUAGCGGAGAGGAAGAGUAGGUCAUUGUGCAGGAAGUGAGAGAGUCUGUAGAGCAGCAGAAUUGUCUCCUGCUAGGAUUAUGUCUUUGGUCUUAAGUAGGAUCUGCUCUGCCCAUAGAAAACAUGCUUUCAGGUCAUUGCUCUUUUGCCAAGAACCUUUGGGUCGAUGGUUCCUUCCUGUUGUUGCCUCUCAGGAGACCUACUUCCACACCUCCUUAAUGAUGUCUGCUGGUCACAACAAGUGGUCUAAAGUAAAACAUAUUAAGGGUCCCAAGGAUGAAGCAAGGGCCCGGGUGUUUGCCAAACUCUCCAUGAUGAUCAAAGUAGCAGUGAGAGAAGGAGGACCUAACCCAGACCUGAACAUGGCCCUAUCCCAACUGAUUGAGCAGUGUCGGGAGCGGAACAUGCCAAAGACUUCCAUAGAGGCAGCUAUCAAAGGAGCGGAUAAAGCAAAACCCUCUGCCUGUGUAUUGUACGAGGGACGGGGACCUGGGGGAGCUUCUCUGCUCAUAGAGCUUUUAACUGACAACAACAACCGCUCCUAUGCAGAGGUCAAGCUCCUGAUGGGCAAAAAUGGUGGGGUGAUGUGUGAUGGAGCCCGGCAUAGUUUUGAAAAGAAAGGGGUGGUGACUGUACGGACUCAUGACAAAGAUGGAGGUGAUGUCCCAUUAGAGAAGGCCCUCGAGCUAGCAAUUGAGGCUGGAGCAGAAGAUGUGCAGGAAGAACAGGAUGAGGAGGAUAAGGAUAUAUAUAAGUACAUAUGUGACAUACCAUCCCUGAGAGAGGUGCGCUCCAGUUUGUCUUCCUUUGGAUUGGUGCCAAUCUCCUCGGGGCCUGAGUUCCGCCCAAAAACCACAGUGCAGCUCUCGAACACUGACAUAGAACAAGCAUCACAUCUCUUGGAUUUAAUAAACAACCACCCAGAGGUUAUUCGUGUCUAUGAUAACAUUGAGUAAAAUUAUGGAGGAUUCA